AGUUCGGAUACCCACCAAUCAGCGUGGGAGCUGGUUGUUAGCCGGGUAGUUGGGUGACGGCGAGGUGGCUUUGGCAGGGGAGGAAUCGGCGACGGAGAUGCCUGACUUGUCGCAGAAACCCGACGUGGUGUUUGAAGAAGAUGAUCUACCUUAUGAAGAAGAGAUCAUUCGCAACCCCUACUCUGUCAAAUGCUGGAUCCGUUACAUAGAGUACAAACAUUCUGCUCCCAAACAUGUGGUGAACAUGAUCUACGAACGAGCACUCAAAGAACUUCCUGGCAGUUACAAGCUGUGGUAUAAUUACCUGAAGCAGCGACGGAAGCAAGUGAAGGGGAAAUGCGUCACAGACCCUGGGGAUGAGGAGGUCAACAACUGCCACGAGCGAGCCUUGGUGUUUAUGCACAAGAUGCCGCGAAUUUGGCUCGACUACUGCCAGUUUCUGGUCGAUCAAUGUAAGAUAACACGAACCCGCCGCACAUUUGACCGCGCCUUGCGGGCCCUCCCUGUGACUCAGCACUAUCGCAUAUGGCCCAUGUACCUGAAGUUUGUGCGCCAGUUUCCAGUGUCCGAGACGGCGAUCCGAGUCUACAGGCGUUACCUGAAGCUGUCCCCUGAAAAUGCGGAAGAAUACAUUGAUUAUCUCCGCUCAAUCGACCGCUUAGAUGAGGCAGCUGUCCGGCUUGCUGCUGUUGUCAAUGAUGAAUCAUUUGUCUCAAAGGAAGGGAAAUCAAAUUAUCAACUGUGGCAUGAACUUUGCCAUCUCAUUUCCACAAACCCAGACAAAGUAAAGUCUCUGAACGUUGGGGCUAUUAUCCGGGGAGGUCUCACUCGCUUUACUGACCAGCUGGGAAAGCUGUGGUGUUCCUUAGCUGAUUAUUACAUUCGAAGUGGCCAUUUUGAAAAGGCCAGAGACGUGUAUGAGGAGGCAAUUCAGACGGUGAUGACUGUCCGAGAUUUCACUCAGGUGUUUGACAGUUACGCCCAGUUCGAAGAGAGCAUGAUUGCAGCCAAAAUGGAAACUACUGCAGAAAUGGGACAAACUGAGGAAGAUGAUAUUGACUUGGAGUUGCGACUGGCGAGGUUUGAGCAGUUGAUAACCAGACGUCCCCUCCUUUUGAACAGUGUACUACUUCGUCAGAAUCCACACAAUGUACAUGAGUGGCAUAAGCGAGUUAAACUGUACGAGGGAAAGCCACGAGAGAUAAUAAACACUUACACAGAAGCUGUGCAGACAGUUGAUCCAAUGAAGGCUACUGGAAAACCGCAUUCCUUAUGGGUUUCAUUUGCAAAGUUUUAUGAAGAAAACGGACAAAUUCAGGAUGCACGGACUAUAUUUGAAAAAGCUACUAAGGUAAAUUUUAAGCAUGUGGAUGAUUUGGCUGGCGUUUGGUGUGAAUAUGGGGAAAUGGAGCUGCGCCAUGAAAAUUACGAUGAGGCACUCCGACUACUGAGGAGAGCAACCGCAGUACCAGCAAAGAGGGCUGAGUACUUUGACUCAACAGAGCCUGUCCAGAACAGGAUCUACAAGUCGUUGAAAGUCUGGUCCAUGUUAGCAGAUCUGGAGGAGAGUCUCGGCACUUUCAAGUCCACGAAGGCCGUGUAUGACAGGAUUAUAGACCUCCGAAUUGCUACCCCUCAAAUCAUCAUCAAUUAUGCAAUGUUCUUGACAGAACACAACUACUUUGAAGAAAGUUUCAAGGCUUACGAGCGAGGGAUCGCCCUGUUUAAAUGGCCCAACGUGUAUGAUAUCUGGAACACUUACCUAACGAAGUUCAUUGAUCGGUACGGUGGGAAGAAACUCGAGAGGGCACGGGACCUGUUUGAGCAGGCUCUCGAUGGAUGUCCACCGAAGUUUGCAAAAACUCUCUACCUGUUGUAUGCCAAGCUGGAGGAGGAGUACGGGUUAGCCCGACACGCCAUGGCUGUAUACGAGCGAGCAACGAAGGCAGUGGAGCUGCUGGAGCAAUACGAGAUGUACAACAUUUACAUUAAAAGAGCAGCUGAAAUCUAUGGAGUUACUCACACACGGGGCAUUUACGAGAAGGCAAUUGAGGUGCUGCCAGAUGAGCACUCCCGAGACAUGUGCCUGCGAUUCGCUGAUAUGGAAUGUAAGCUGGGAGAAAUAGAUCGGGCAAGAUCCAUUUACUCCUACUGUUCUCAGCUGUGUGAUCCAAGGAUAACACCAUCAUUCUGGCAGACCUGGAAGGAAUUUGAAAUCCGGCACGGAAAUGAGGAUACGAUUCGGGAGAUGUUGCGGAUUAAACGUAGCGUGCAGGCCACAUACAACACCCAGGUCAAUUUCAUGUCCUCGCAGAUGCUGAAAGCCUCCACCAAUGCAACAGGCACAGUGUCUGACCUGGCUCCAGGGCAGAGCGGAAUGGAUGACAUGAAGUUACUGGAGCAGAAGGCGCAACAGAUAGCUGAGGAGGCUGAAAGGGAACGACCAAAACCCAAGGACAAAAUUCUGUUUGUCAGGAGUGAUGCGUCUCGUGAUGAACUUGCAGAGCUUACAAAGCAGGCUAAUCCAGAUGAGAUUGACAUUGAUGACGAUGAUGACGAUGAUGGUGAAGAAGAACCUGAUGAGGUACCACUCGAACAGAAGGUGGUCCCCACCGCAGUGUUUGGGGGUCUGAAGGAUGACUGAGCCCUGACUCCUUGCAGAGUGCUUACUUGGUCCAUCUCCGAGCUGGAUAAGGUGUAUUUCAACAGAAGCUGCCAUUGCCCUGUAUUAUUUAAGGUUCUGGGCUGAACUACUGCAAAGACUUGCUGCUUUAAUAAUGUGCGUUCCAAUUACCUUGCCUUGAAUUACUAGGCACUGACUUCACUUCUGUUGAACUUGUGUGCCUACCGUAGGAUUUGUAGUGAUUUAAAUAAAGUUAAAAUCUUCAAAUGUGUAACAGCCUGUAAGCAAUGUUUUCUGCUUCAUAUAGGUUACCAAAGUAAUGACUGUGACCAACCACCAACUUUGUACUUCCUUCUCUGUGCGUUUACUUUUGCCUAUGUAUCAGUACUGCCAAAAAUGGACAAUUAGUUUACAAUGGAGAAUAAUCUGCAGUCUCACCAGAGAUGAUUAGUGUUGAGAAAAUAUAUGGAACAUACCUUUAAGUCAGUCUGAAUUAGAACAGAAUGCAAGCCAGGACAAAUUACAUUUGUGUAAAUUGUUUAUUAAAUUUCCAGGUUUUUGUCAUGUUAUUCCUUCGAGUAAUACAGAUCCCAAGUCCCACAGCUGUAGACACAUACACCAGAACCCACCUAAAUCUGGAGCACAAAUGUGCUACCAAAUGUAAUGUUACAAUUUUAAACUUGGACCCUUAUUUGAUACAGGGCCAAAUCAACUUUCAGUCCAGGCUUAUCCAUGGAUCAUUCACUUCAUGUCUCCCCAGAGAGGCUCAUUAACACCUCAUAGGAUGACUAGAGUACUGCUUAAGCUAUUUCCAGUAUUGCCUGUUGCUAAUCUGCUUGAUUAAAAAUAUCUGAAAAACAGGCAUUGCCAGCAAGUUCUAUGCAAACAUUGUUUUCCACCUGCCUAAUGGACACAGUUUAUUAGGAGCUCCACAAACCCAAAUUCUCUGGUCCAUUAUCAACACAUCUUGCAGCAAAUCAUCAAUCCUCUCUGGCUGGGGUUUGUACUCAAUCCACAUGAAAGAAUGGCAGUAGACAAGGCAAAUACUAAAAACUGGAAAAAGUGUGUGGGUGGGGGGGGGUGAGUGGGAUGAGGAAUGAAUUUACUAAUCUCUAAAAAUGGUGUCAAGUUUAACAUUCUGCAGUUAAAGCUCCCAUGUUUGUUCAGAUCCCUUGAUUCUAUUCUGUCCUGUAACCAACACACACACAGGGCAACUAUUCUUGGCAGCUGGUAAGCCAAGCAGUGACACAGA